AUGGACGGUGCCAGAGAAUCACGAAUCGGCGGUGGUGGUGGUGGUGGUGAUGGUUCUGUUGGAGUACAGAACCGACAAACCCUAAGCGUGUAUCUCAAGUUAGAUGAAUCAAAACGAUCUCCGCCAACUCUGGACCAUGUCCAGUACAAUGUGGUUAGUAUAACCAUCUGUUCGGCGGUUCUAGUCUCCGGUUUAACCGUCUAUGUCAUGACCCGACCCAGACCGGUUUACAUGGUGGAUUUCUCGUGUUACCUCCCACCUGAUCACCUCAAAUGUCCUUCCACUGCAUUCAUGGCACAGUCUAGACUCGUCGGAUGUUUCGACGACUCUGCUCUCGAGUUUCAACGCAUGAUCCUCGAACGCUCUGGUUUAGGAGAAGAGACGUAUCUCCCUGAAGCUAUGAUUGUGUUCCACCAGAAUCUCAAUGGCUGCUGCUAG